CCGCUCUCCAGUCCUCCGAAGAAGAAGACUCCGCCAAUAAGCAAACCCUUCAGCGCUGUCAGCGAGCACACGCAGCGCGACUGAAAACAGAAGCACGGAGUAGACAUUUGUGGACAUUUGUGGACUAUAUUUUCAUUAGUAUUUUCACGUUUUGUUCUUUUCGACAUGUUUGUGUCGCCGGAGAAGUGACAAGACAUUCAAUGGAUUUUGCUGCCCAUGUCGAAUAUUAAUGCGCGUCUCCGAAUGACAACGCAGCGGAGCUGCCGCCCCCAGGCUGUAGAAGAAAGGUUUAUCUGCCAGUGUGGAGCCGUGCUGCAGUCAGUCAAGGAGAAGGUCUCUCUGCAUUGCCACAUGCAGGCUAAUGUCAUGGGCCUGACAGAGUGGGCGGGCUGCAUUGAAAAUGAGGACAGACACUCAGAGGUCCCCCAUGGAAGAAGUGCAAAGCUGUGAUUGGCCACUGACGAAGCAUAUCCACAGUGAUGGAAUUUGUUCACAUCUUUUAAAAGGAUAAUCCUCUGACUGACAAAUUCACAAUGUUUGAAGGAUUACGGUACCUGGAUUUCUUCCAACCAUGGUUGGGUUUUCACCUCGGCCUUGACUGUGUCCACCACACUUUUUGGUAUUGAGGAGGUGUACGCCGCUGUCAACUAGAUGACCCAGUGGAUAUUUGUUUCUGUGUAGCACUACUGAACCAUACGAGGCGAUCCUAGUAUUGAACAUGACUCAUGGGGAGGAGCCUGGCCCUGAAACACACAAGGAUUCAGCUGUUUUAACUUACCUGGAAGGUUUACUGAUGCAUCCAGUGGUGGCCGGGCCUGGGGCCACGGCGAGCAGGAGGUCUGAGGCUGCUCAUAGCAAUCAAGAUCAGGGUGACAAGGCAGGGGCACCCUUUCAACUACCUACAUUUAACCCAAAAGCUCCCAGGGCUGGAACCAAUGGACCAGCCAUAGGUGCUUCACAGCACUUGAAGAAAGCCCGCCUCCUGCGCUCAGGGGCCUGGAAUGAUCAAGGGAAUCAGCGUUUGAGUUCACCUCCAGUGGAGCUCAAUGGCCAAGUGGGAGGCCUGCAAAAUGGUUCACGAGAGGGUUCUCCUCAUGGCGGGGAGAGUACUCUUUUGGCUUCCCUGCUUCAGUCGUUCAGCUCACGGCUUCAGAACGUGGCAAUGUCUCAGCACGCUAACAAGCCACCAAGCGAGUGCUCUUCUCCAUCCAGUGCACCCCCCGCAGACAAAGAGACACUCCCUGUGUAUGGGACAGCUUCAAGCCGCUUGAAGGGCUUAAUAAGAACGAGCAAACUUCAAAAUCACAGCAAAACCCCUUACAGUCGUCGUGGAAACAGUCAUGACAGGCCACCAGAAUCACCCCGGGCAGCACACAGCGCCACACCCCCCUCUGCAACUACAGCUUCUGAGUCGGUGUCCUGUGCAGAGCGCUUGAAGGCUGUCGCCAACAUGGUGAAAAUACGUUCCAGCCCCGCCCCUUCCCCUAAGCCCAGUGUUGCCUGCAGUCAGCUUGCCCUCCUGUUGUCCAGUGAAGCUCAUCUCCAGCAGUACUCACGAGAGCAUGCGCUCAAAGCUCAGCUCUCAGGAAGAUCUGCCAGCGAGAGACUGGCAGCAAUGGCAAACCAGCAACAUGGCGUCGAGAAAAUGUCUGGGGGGACUCUGUCAGGAACCUCCGAGACAAUAAGCUCUUCAACAACUCAAAAUGUAAUGACAACCACAAAUACGCUAACAACAACACUCCCUCGGACAGCCAUGUCCAGUCCCCAAAGCCCCCCUUUGCUCUGUGAGCGCACUCAUAGCUCGCCGCCCACUGCCCUACGAGCUAUGAGCCAAGUUCACAACCAACCCCCCAGGGAAAAGCGUGGCUUUGACUCAAGACCAACUCGCCCGCCCCAAACAUGCAGCAGUUUGCUGUUGCUGCUCCUCAACAAUCACAACAACCAGAAACAGUUAACAAAAAAUGGACACCUGGAGGACAGCUACGGUGUUCUGCCGGCAAGCGGUUCCUCCUCCGUUACAUCAGAUAGUGAAUGUUCCAUUCAUGAGAAGACUCUGACCAAGGACAGCAGCGACGCAGAGAGUUCUUACUCCAGCUGCUCUCCCAUUGACCUCUCCAUGAGAAACUGGCCCAAAAAACAAGACAUUGGUCAAAAUCCUUCCACCUCUUGUCCCUCCUUUUCUUCCUUUACCACAAACAUGUCCUCCUCUUGUCAUUCUUCUCAUGCUCCACCAACCAACAUGGUCUUUUCACCACUGCCCACUGUUGUCUCGUCUGCCUCCAAUCCAUUUACUUCCUCCACAUCUGUCUCUACUUCCUCCUUGGAAAAACUAACAGAAUCUUUGAUAAAAAAGUGGCAGCCCAAGCCAUCAGAAACAAACAUAGAACAUGAAAUUGACGCAGACCUGAAAUCCAAGUCCAGGGUCACCUUAAUGCAGCUUCUUCUUGAGCGCAGAAAUAACGAUCUCAGUGUUAAGACCAUAGAUAAGGAAUUUCCGCUUGAUAUAAGUCUGGCCACUAUGUCUCAUAGUCAACCUAAAGGAAUUGUCCCCUGGGAGGAGUCCAGGACAAAAAGCCCAGUAGAUAAGCCUGUAGGCCCGGCCCAGGCACCGUACUCUCUCAGUCAUAUUCCAAGUGGUACGAUAUCUCCGUACCCUCCUCCUCAGGUACAGUCAAGCCCUUUGGAUUUGUGCAAGUCUAAAGCCUUCCCUGCUGAGAAGGGUAAAGAUCCAGCCUUCAGUGCCAGUAAACUGUUACAAAAUCUGGCUCAGUCUGGGAUCGCUUCAUCCUCCCCACCAAUCCCAUCCAACCAAGGGUUGGGCCAGGAGCUUGAUAGCAGCAGGCCUUUAGCCUCGCUAGAAAGACUCAAUGCUCCAGUCAACAGACCCACCUCUGUGCCACUUUCUGAUGGACCCACAGGAAGCGGCAUGCCUUUGAACCGGAACGAGACGUUUCCUCCUUCCUCACAAAUAGAGAACCUUUUGGAGAAGCGCACUGUGCUGCAGCUCCUUUUAGGGGCUGGCUCAAAUACUGCUUCAGCUCGGCGCAAGGACAGGCCGGUCAAGAUUGGCAGUAGUGCGGCGUUAGAAGGGAGAAGAAAUAGCAGCAGCCCUAGCGUCUCAAACAUAUGUGACAGCUCUGACUUGCCUGGUGUUAAUUUAAGGGUGAAAACAGAGCCCAUGGAGGAAGUAGGUCCGUCCUCAGCUGUGUCGGAGCUAUUAAUUAGCAGAAAGAGACAGAAAAAAACUCCCCCGUCUGAUGAUCAGUCAGACUUUAAAGCAAAACAUCGACCGGCGGAAGUUAUCGAAAAAUACGGUCUACUUAGCCAGUUGCUUAAACAACAGACUGCUACGUACUACAGCAGUGCUGUUAUGCAGCCAGAGUCGCAACCCAGACAGGUGACUGAGGAAAAGAGAGAGUAUCCAAGCCCCAGCCCUAAAAAGAGACGCCUAUGCUCUAAUCAGACUGACAGUUUGAACAAUACCAGCCCUCCAAAAGCCCUAGAAAGGGUAAACACAAACACGUUUGCCUCUUCUGGUGCACAGGAAGACCCUGACAAGCAGAGGUUUCUAAAGGAAGAGGAGCUUCCUACCAGGAGUCCACCAAGAGACACCUCUCACCGAGAGAGUCGGGGAUUCAAUGUACUCAAACAGCUGCUGCUCUCUGACAACUGCCUGAAGGAGUUGGCCCAGGAGCACCGUGGUGGACCUUCCAUCCUGCAUGACAAUUGUCGUGCUAACGGCAGCCUCUUUAGUCAACCUGCACCUGACCACAACUUCCUACACCUGCCUAGCUGGAACCCCCAUGGUUCGCUCAACUCAGGGCUUCCAAGUAAUGUCAGAACACUGUCUGCUCCUCCUGCCGGUGACAGCCCCCGGGGUCAUCACCGAGCACCUUGGCAGGUGACACACAAAAGGGACCCGCCUCUUCUCGUCAAACAGGAGCCAGAGAGUCCUGUCCGCUGGAGUAGUCAUGACAACGACGAGGGCUGCGACUCAAACCCGGACUCUCCUCGUCUGUCACGUUCCAACCCCAUCCUUUAUUACAUGCUGCAGAAAGGCAGCUUGCAGCUAAGGAAGGAUUCAAAGGACCAGGCGGAAGGAACUCAGGCUGCGGUCAAGGUUAAAGACGAGCCGAUCGGUGACAUGCAUGCCUAUGAACAAAGUUUGAGCUCCACACCGCAGUCACCAACGGACAGCCGUGACAAGCACAGUCAGGAGAACCAGAGAUUGAGUCACGAGUAGUCGCAGACAAACGCCGUUAGAACGCACACUUUUGACUUGAGCAGGUGUGUCUUUGCUCAACGUCCAUUUGAAGCCACUAAAAUGCACAAGAACUGACACAUCAGAAUCAGACAAGGCUUCAGAUUGAAAAGCAUGUCCUGUAUAACUUCAUUUUUUUAAACUAAGUCUUCAAUUGCAACUUCUGAUUUCAUUGAUUAAAUAUAUAAAACUCCCACCAUAGCAACAUUCAACUUGAACGUUUAUAAAGACGACUACAGAAACACUAGCUUUCGGUUUAUUGUAUUUAUUUUCACCAUCAGGACACGUUUUGCCAACAGUUUUGAGUCAAGUUCUAGUCAGCGGGAUCUGCAGCUUUGGAAACAUCCUACCUGGUUGAAGCUUCAAGGUGUAAAAUGAAGGUGCACAUUUGCUGGUGGGGUUUAGAAACUUGUUAAACAACAAAAGUCUAUUGGAGAACUAAAUAUCAAGCACAUUGGCCCUCUUUGUCCUUAACACAAUAAUUCUAUGGCAUGUGGUAAAAAGGUCAGUAUUGAGUGAUUUUAUUUUCAUUUGCCCACAAUUUCUUAACUGUUGUCGUUCCUGCAAACGUUUUUGUCUCUUUAUUGGUAGAAAAAAAAAUGGAAGUGCAUGGUAAUGAAGAAAAGACCUCUGGUACAUCUUUGUUCUAAAAAACAUGGAUUGUACUUUUUUUUUUUUCCAUCUCAAAUCUUUCACUUGCUGCUUUUAUCCAACAAGUAUUGUGAUCUUUUACUAUAUCCGCGUAUGAUGAAUACAUUUUCACAAUGGUUAAAUGUGUAAAUAGUACUUUCAGUAUGAAAGAUGACUAUUUUGUAAUGUUUAAGCAAAGAUAUGACCCUAGUUUUUAAUGCCCCAAUAUGUAAAUAGGAAUUCUAUGUGUACUCUUGUACAUAAAAAGCAGAGUAUGAUAUUUCUUUUGUUUUUUGUUUGGAUGGUUUGUUGUUUGCAUGUGUCUCUGUGGUAAACGAUAAUCUAUCCUGCACUGUGUUGUGUACUAAUGUCUGACUCCUCACUUCUGCCUGUUGCAUGCAGACGCAUGGGAACUACCUUUGUAUCCCUACUGGUGGUGAUGGGUGGGGGGUUGUUAAGUCUUAAAAAAAAAAAAAAAGAGCAUCUUUCUUUUUGAUUGCGCCGAUGGGUUCGUUGAGAAUCUGAAUGGUCCUGAAGCAAGACGAAAAUAAAGACUGUUGAAGCAGUUGAUGAAAAUGUGUGAAGAAUAUAAACGUGCAUUGAAUAUUUGUUUUGUUACUGGUUAACAAAGCUCUGUGAAAGGGCUGGAGUGGGGAAAUUGACGUACAAUCAUAGAUCUGCAUUGUGCAUCCAAGAAUUUGUAGCGGCAAAUAUUUUAAAAAAUAUAUGUUUGGUUGUUCUGUUUUGUUUUUCUUUGUUUUGUUAUUUUUUAAUUUUUUUUUUGGAGGAGGGGGGGGGGGGUUUCAUGUGAAGAAAACCGGAAGCAUACUUUCAUUUUAUAUGUUUUCAUUUUUUGGUGUUCAUUUGCACUGAUAUCUGAAAUAAAGUUGUAAAAUGCAUGACCUAGUAGAAUGUCUUCUUCUUUUUCUACGAUACAGUUGUAUUUAUUCCAAAUGAUGUUCUGGAAGUCGCUUUCUUCCGGUCAACGACAUCACCACUCCUUUUUCAGGGUCAACAAUGAUGUUUAUUUUACAAUAAACGCCAGAUUGUGCAAAGUC